CUGCUUGGAAGAGAGGCGUAAUUGGUACUGCCCACCUCAUGUUGGACAAUACAAGUUAGUAUUGGCAAAUGAACAGGGGCAAGCGUUUCUUGUUGAAAUUCUGGCUACCACAGAGAGCAGGGAUACACAUUUUUUGCAACUGGUCCCAGCAGUGUAAACCAAAAAUGAACAGUCAGAAAGUUAAACUGAUCAUUGAUACAGAUCCAGGCUUUGAUGAUGCAAUGGCCAUAGGAGUGGCAAUGAGAUGGCCUAAUGUAGAGCUGCUAGCUUUAACAUGUGUUAAUGGCAAUGUUCCCUGUUGGCAAACCUCCUUGAAUGCUUUGAAAAUCAGGCAGUUGUUUGAAAGGAAGGAUGUUCCUGUUUUCAAAGGAGCAGAAUCUCCACUAUUCACUCAGUACAAACAUGAAGCAUCACAUUGGCAUGGGACUGACGGCCUGUUAGAUGUAACAGACUAUAUAAAAGUUGAUAAGAAUGAGCUAGAAGAGAAAGACGCUGUGAGUAGCAUAAUUGACAUAGCAACAAAGCAUAAAGGGGAAGUAACGUUGUUAGCGAUUGGACCACUUACAAAUCUUGCCCUAGCUGUUAAGAUAAGGCCAGAUUUGCCAAAGCUAUUGAAAGAAGUCGUUAUUCUUGGAGGUAACUACACUGGCCUAGGCAAUCAGACAAAAGCCGGGGAAUUUAAUUUUGUAGCUGAUCCCCUUGCUGCUCAUAUCGUUUUGGAGGAGUACACAUGCCCUAAGUAUAUUGUUCCAUGGGAAGCAGUGCUGGAUAAUCCUUAUUCAAGUAAUUUUGCCAGCAUCUAUUGUGGGAAAGACAAUGAUAGGUCAAGAUUUUUUAAGAAAAUUAUUGAUGCUCACUGCAGUAGGCACAAGGUUGACUUAACAGAUAGUGCUGAUACAUUGGCUAUUUGCGUUGCACUUGACAAGGAAGGUGUCAUUGCAGACCAGUUCGAUACUUUUGCAACAGUAGAGCCGUUUGGGGCAGAAACACAUGGCAUGAUGGUCGUGGAAAGAAGACACUUGGCACACAGAGGCCGCCAGAAAGGGGAGAGCAAUGUAGUUAUUGUAAGGAAGCUGAAUAUGAAGAGAGUUGAGGAAAUGCUGAUUCACUCUGUGUCUUAAUAUGAAUAGGUUCCUGGCUUAUUUCUAUAGCUGACAAUCAAAGACAUCUUGUUUUGUCCGUCUUGUCAAUCUUGUUUUGUCAAUCUUGUCAAUAUAUUUCCUUCGAUGCAUCAAAAUUUUGUACAUUAGAUGGUGACAAUAACAUCUGCUAUUGUAAAUGAAGCAAUGCAGAUAUCAUAAUAUAAAAAUGCGUAUAAUUUGAAAAAAGUCUUCUUUAUGUCAAUUACCAUCUGAUCAGUAAGUUUUCGAUAGAAAAUAGGUACUUAGUUUAAACCUAAGAUGUCAUGUUUUCAAUCAUUUUACGGUGUCUCUGAAUGCCUCUUAGAGAAUACCUGCGAAUGCCACAAAAUGUCCAGCGAAAUCUGUUUUCCUUCAAUACUUAUAGCAAGUUGAAAUUAAAUCGAAUCAACUUUGUCAAUAUAAAUGGAAUGAAAUGCUAAUUGAAUGAUAAAGUAAUAAAAAAACGAAUGUCAAUUUAUGUAAGGCAUUUGUAAUGAGUAGCUAGAGUAGCCUGAGCAUCAAGUUGCAGAAUGUGGAACCAAUUUAAAGUAAACAUAAUGUCGAAAGUUUAGCAUCAGAAAACAUUUGGUUUCUUUAAUUUUACCAAGGCUGUUAGUCACCGAGGAGCGGAGGAAAAAAAAGAAUUUCCCUCUGAAGUAGCAGAUUAUUCAAAGGUUCUUUUGGUCUGGGUCAACACAAUCUUGGCGACGUGAAAAGGAUUUUUGCAUCAUCAACAUCAUCUUCUUUAAAUAUAAUAACUACAGACGUGGCUUAUCAUACUACGAAAGUAGCAGUUUGUGUGCUAUCCAUCGUGCAGCUUGUCAAUUCUGCUGCUGUCACUGAGCCGACGCUUGCUGAGCCCAUUCCAGCAAAGACGAAGGUAACAGAAGGAUCGCAUGCACGAAAAAGUUCCUCGACUGAGUUCCAAGCCGAAGUCACCAGAGGCACCCCUGCACCACACAAAAAUAUAGCCAAAUAAUAUGGCGUCAACCAAUCUCUGAUCUCUAAAUAACCGAUAAACCAAAAAAAGAUAAUUGCUGCUGCUGCCGACAAACACAAAAAGCUCUUAUGUUUUUGAUCGGUUGAAAGCUGUUCUUGCUGAAGGGAGAAAAGUGAACUUCAACUUGCUAUGGGACAAGCCCAAAAUGAUUCAAGGAGAUUGACAGGUGAUGAAGCAGGCUUUUGAAAAUCACCAGGAGACCCGCGCCGUUUUUCUUUAUAUAUCAAAAGCAUUUGACAAAGUUUGCCAUUAAGGUCUUUUAUUCAAAACUCAGAUCAAAUGGGAUUGAUUGACACCUUUAUUCCCUGAUUGAACAUUUUCUCUUUAAUAGAUACCAAAGAGCAGUCUUAAACGGAAAAUUAUCUUCUUGGAAACAUGUGUCGGCUGGGGUUCCUCAGGGAUCUGUUCUGGGGCCUCUGUUCUUCCUAGUUUAUAUAAAUGACCUUGCUUAAGGUGUAACAUCUAAAGUUAAAUUCUUUGCCGAUGACACAUUUAUACAAAAUUAUCGACAAUUUUAUCGUGAUUUGGCAAUUAUACAAAAUUUGGCCUUUCAAUGGAAAAUGAUUUUCAAUCCCGAUGCCACUAAGCAAGCAAAAUGAAUUUUAUUCUCGACAAAAAGACAAAACCAACGGCAUCCCCCUCUUAUUUUCAAUAAACAUGAAAUAAUUGCUGACAACAAACACAAGCAUCUUGGUCUAUUUUUGGAUGAAAGACUAACCUUCACUGAGCAUGUACACGAAACAAUCAUACAAGCCAAUAGGGAAAUCGGAAUCAUUCGCUUCUUAUCAAGAUAUGUUCCGAGAAAUGUACUUGACUAAAUGUAUAAGCUAUAUGUUAGGCCACACCUUUACUACGUUGAUGUAAUUUACCAUGAUCAAAACAUAUCCUAUUCACGUAAAUUUGAAUCAACACAAUAUAAGGCGGCAUUGGUCGUUAGUGGGGCGUGGAAGGGCGCUGGCACGGACAGACUACUUGAGGAGCUCGGCUAGGAGUCGAGCCCGUAGCCAGCUGUCAAAAGACAUGGAUAGGCCAGCCAGCAUCUGGCCUGGAUAAAUAGAAAUCUACACUGCAGAUUUGUGCUCCUAGAGAUGGCAUGCAACCUAAAAUUUCCAUCAUCUUCCAGGAAAAAUGCAACUGAGGACGGCAAGACAAAAUAGCAGCGUGUCAUCCUGAUAUGGAUGUAUACUGGCCAGAUAAUGCUUGGGCUGACAUUGAGUACUCCGUCAAAUGGGUCAACUCCACACUCGAAGUGUCAGUGAUGGUUCUGGAAUGAUUUCUGUUUUUUUUGUAAACAAUUUGACUGCUCAACAAACAGAUCAAUUCAAGAACUCUGUUUCAGAUUUGAAAAGGGGUGAUGCGGUGCGGUUUGAAGAAUGUUACAGACUUGUGGCAAGUGGUCGAUGCGGGGAUUACGGGAACCUCAAGACCCCGUUUACACGAGAGUGGAUCCGAUCCGAAUCGGAUCAAAAAGAGUACGGAUAUGCCUUGCGUUUACACGGGAACUGGUGGAUCUGUAUACUUUUGGAUCCGCUAUCCGAACACUUUUGGGAUCGCUGAAAACCUUGUACAGUAAUGGCUGGUUCAUAGAGAAGAUAGAAAACUAUAGAAGUUUGUUCGGGCAACGGAACCUUUAGUCCUUUGUUUCGAAACACUACCGUCUUAAACAAAUAAUUGUUGCAGGGUCAUGGCAGAUGCGCGUUAAUAACUCUUGAAUUUCCCGCUAGUCUUCAAGUGAUAAUGUGCAAUGACAUUGAAACGAGGGCUAGUGCAUAGUCGGAAGACAGGCAUGAUUCAUCUCCCAAACAAAAAUAGCAUAGACAAAUACAGAGUUGGGUUUUCCGAUUCAUCCGAAAAAUACAUAGGUGUGGAAGAAAUAGAUGGUGUCAAAAUAGUGUUAACUUGACUUGAUAACGAGUGCAUGCUCGAAACUUCGUGUUUUUUGCUAUCAAACUAAUUUAUUUCAUUAUGGUACUCAAUCUAUUCCGCAACUGUAUUAUCGCUUUUUUGGGCGAAGUACUGCAUGCAACAUUCAUAAUUAAUCGAAUUAAUGUUGCUUGGCAAAAACGGACUAAAAUGUGUAGAUCUGUUUUAUUUGUUAAACAUUUGUUGUUGUUUAAAGUUUCAUGGUUAAGAAAAAAGGUUAAUUUGAUUUCACAUUGUCAGAAUAAACCAGAGUUCAACUUAGUUCUAGAAUGACACUUAUAUUUUUUUGUGAAAUAACGUAUUUUUUAGAUUGAUCGAUUAUAAGUAUUAAGUAAGGUUUCAAGUAUUAAGUAAGGCUCAGAAAAUUCGUCAAAAUGUUCCAAAUUUUUUUUUUCGUAGAACGAGAAUUUAACUUAGUUCUGGAAUUAAAAUGGUAUUUUUCAAAAUAAUGCACCAGGUUUAGAAAACUGGUCAAUUUUUUCAAAUUGUUUUACAUUCUUCUUUAAUUGGCAUUGUCGGAAUAUACCAGGGCUUGUUUUGGAUUUAAGAUUAAAGUUGUAUUUUUGAGAAAUAACGACAUUUUAGAUGGGUAAAUUUUAAAUUUCUUAGCAAGGUCAAAGGCUAAGAAAAUUUGUCAAGAAGUUCCAAAGUUUUUUUCCGUAUAAAAUGCUAAUUUGCCAUUACAUGAUCUGAAAAAAUGAGAAGUUAAUUUUGUUCUGGAAUUAAAGUGGUACUUUUGAAAAUGUUAAGAUUGUUUUCUAUACGUCAAUAUUUGAUUAAAGAGUAAGACAGUAAGCUUCAAAAACUGGUAAAUGUUUUUUGAAAUUUUGCUUUCCUAAAACAGAUUUAUUUUUGACUUUAACUUAUCAGAAUAAACCAGCGCUUGAUUCGGUUUCAAGAUAAAGAUUGUAUUUUUCGAAAAAAUAACGACCUUUUAGCUGGAUCAAUUAUAUAUUUCAAU